AUGCCAGCCCGAACCGUAGACACGGCCUUUCGGCUCAUGCACCACUUCCUGACCACAUCUCGAGCACAGCGCCUUUCCCACCCGUCCUCACCACUUCUCUGUCCACAAUGCCAAACCGGAGUCCAACGACUCUUCGAGCCUCAAUCCCGCUCUCCUCGCCUCAGCAUACGUGUCGCCACCACCAUACCAAGCACAAGACCCUUCUCCAGCACCGUGUCGCGGCCCAAAAAGUCCUCCGCCUCCGCAAAAUCGAACCGCAAAUCCCCCUCGCUCGACUCCCUCACGCACAAGGACGACAAACACAUCCCGGACAACAAGGCCACGCGCAACCGCGAUGCGGAAACCGACCCGUAUGACUUCUCCGAGCUUGAGACGGCGAUCGCCAAGGCCGUCGCGCGUCUGAAGGACGCGCUGGUCAAGACCAAGGACGCCGGCCGCGUCACGCCGGAGAUGAUCGAGCAGCUGGGGGUGGAAAUCAACGUCAAGGGCGCCGACACGGGCAGGGGCAGCGCGCACAAGGAAAAAGCCCGCAUCGGGGACCUGGCCAGCGUGGUGGCCAAGGGUGGGAGGACCGUCAACGUGUUUUGCGCCGAAGAGGCGCACGUCAAACCGAUAACUUCGGCCCUGCUGGCCAGUCCGUACAGUCUCGUCCCGCAGACCACGGCGCCGCAUACGCCCGGCACGACCUCUUCGUCCCAGUCGUCUUCCCUGCCGCGGGACGCUAACCCGCUGUUGAUCACGGUGCCGGUCCCUCCCGUCACGGCCGAGACGCGCAACCUGGCCAAACAGGAGGCGAAGAAGAUGUUCGAGCGGGCGAGUAGCGAGGUGCGCAAUGCGCGCGGGGAGGCGCAGAAGCGGUUCCGCAAGAUGGAGCUGGGCAAGCUGGUCAUUCAGGACGAGUUGAGGAAAGCGCACAAGCAGAUGGAGGAGGUGGUGAAGAAGGGGCAGGACGAGCUCAAGAGGGUGUAUGAGGCGAGUGUGAAGGCGUUGGAGGGGUAG